CGGCGAGGCUCUUAGCCCGUGAUGAAGGCAGGGGAUAGCUACACACUGCAAGCCUGCAGCUAGAAGCUGGAUGCUGGCACCGGGGGAAGCAAGCUUCAUAAAUCAGCGCUCCUAAAUGCACAUUUGUACGCAGUGAAGAUUGAGAGGUGAAUUAAAACAGAGAGAAAGUGCUUGUGCAGCCUGGAUAAUGAAAACACAGAGACAGGUACUGAUAUCUCUUCAAGGCUUUCCUGUUUCGAAAGCAGAGACACAUUAAAAGCAAACGACCCACCGCUGCCUUCUGCUUUAACAACAAAAAAAGACUCUUUGCUCACAGAUUUGGAAGCAAAGUCCUGCUGAGGUGCAAAGCAGAGCAGAAUCCUGACACCUCCGCACAGGGUUUUUUUUUUGGCAGUAACAAAGGGGAGAAGAAAAAAAAUGGGGGAGAGAGGGAUUCCAGGGAAAAGUUACUGGGACUUUUGCACUGUGCUUCUGACACUGAGCACAGGACUCCUGGCCGGCUGCGCCGCGAUGGACGAGGAGGAAGCGAGUUGGCAAGCCGAUAGCCGCUUUUAUAUCAAGCCACCCCACUGCGUGGACAUCCCCUUUGCCCUGAGACUGUGCAACAAUGUGGGCUAUCACAAGAUGAGCCUGCCCAACUUGUUGGACCAUGAGACCAUGGAGGAGGUGCAGCAGCAAGCCAGCAGCUGGGUGCCGCUGCUCAACAAGAACUGCCACCCGAACACGCAGCUGUUCCUCUGCUCUCUCUACGCCCCUAUCUGCCUGGACCGACCCAUCUACCCGUGUCGUUCUCUCUGCACGGCGGUCCGAGAUGCCUGCACGCCUGUCAUGGAGUUCUUUGGCUUCCCCUGGCCCGACAUGCUCAAGUGCGACAAGUUCCCCCUUGACAAUGACUUGUGCAUCGUCUUCCCAAACCCCAAUGCCACCCUCUCCACGAACUCGCAAGCAUCGGAAGUAUGUCCUCCUUGCGACAACGAAAUGAACACCGAUAUUAUCCUGGAUCACCUCUGCGCCAGCGAAUUUGCUCUGAAGAUGAAGAUCAAGGAAGUGAAGAAGGAGAACGGUGACCGGAAGAUUAUUCCGCAGAAGAAGAAAAAGCCUCUGAAGCUGGGGCCGCUGAAGAAGAAGGAUCUGAAGAAGCUGACCUUGUACAUUAAGAACGGGGCAGACUGUCCCUGCCACCAGCUGGAUAACCUUAACAGUAACUUUCUCAUCAUGGGCCGCAAAGUGAACAAACAAAAUCUCCUGACGGUUAUUCACAGGUGGGAUAAAAAGAGCAAAGAGGUGAAAAAAGCUGUGAAGAAAAUGAAGACUCACGUGUGUCCCACAUUCCAGGGGGUCUUUAAAUGAUUAUCGGCCUGCUCUUUAAAUCAAACAAUUCAAUCUGAACUUGCACAUGCUAUUCUUAAAAAAAAAUAUUAAACGUUUUCUUUUCUCUAUAAGAUAGAAUCUUCUCCUUUAAACUAUGAUUCCUCUCCCCCCUUUUUUUUUUAGAUUCUGUGCGCGUAAUAAUGAUGAUUCUUUGUAUGUUUCUCUCCGUUAAUACAUUAUGGUAGCAUAGACUAAUAAGCCAGCAAGGAGGCGCAACAGACAAUAGACAAUAGGUUCAGGAGUAGGCCAUUUGGCCCUUUGAGCCAGCACCGCCAUUCAAUGUGAUCAUGGCUGAUCAUCCCCAAUCAGUACCCCGUUCCUGCCUUCUCCCCAUAUCCCCCUAUUUUUAAGAGCCCUAUCUAGCUCUCUCUUGAAAGCAUCCAGAGAACUUGCCUCCACUGCCCUCUGAGAUGAAUUCUGAGGCUUUUAAGCACGUCCAAAAAAUUUAGGAAAGGUAGUGGUUUUGGAAAUGGAGGGGAACAGGGGUGUCAAAAGGAGUGAAGUGAAUGGAUUUCGGAAAAGAGAUAUACACAAAAUGCUGGAGUAACUCAGCGGGACAGGCAGCAUCUCUGGAUAGAAGGAGUGGGUGAUGUUUCGGGUCGAGACCCUUCCUCAGACUGCAGUCAGGGGCGAGGGAGAUACCGAGAUAAGGGUGUUUAAGGUGUGAAAAUGGGACAAAGGGGAUAAGGGAGAAAGGAAAAUGUAUAGAUUCUUUUUUCGCUGGGAGAAGAUAAGAACAAGGAAAUGAGAUGGUUUUGGAAUAUCGCAAGAACCCUUCCCUCAGCACCACAGAGUAUUCGUUGGAAUCACACAAUGUAAACAAACACAAGUUGCGUUAUACAACCCUGCCUGAACCACUGUGUGUUGCAAUUUCCCUAGAAAAGUCACAUUGGCUCAGGGACUCUGAGAAUGCAGAGCAGUCAGGAAAACCACUUGGCAUGGAGCCAAAUCCCCAAACUGCAAACGCUCACCGUUGCAAUUUGAACGUAUCAACUAAUCGUCACUUUUUUUCCCCUGAACAACGACAACAACAAAAAAUUAUUGUUUUCAAUAUUCCAAAGAAUAUUGGGUUUUUUUGUUCGAAAAUCAUCAGAUUUCAUGCACCGAAGUGUUUGGACGGCAUCCAAAGACUUUCAUCUCCUGCUGGCACGCAUAUGUUAUAGCUGAGAGCUUUGAAACCUCUUAAAUAUUCAUCUAGCAUUAACGAGCGGUUUGGAAAAUGAAUCUUGCGUAAUGAACAAAUUAGGAAACUUUUAGGAGAUGCUUCAGUAAGAACUGACUAUUCUUGUAGGAUUGAGAACGUAAGGUCGGGUUAAUGAGAAGCGAGCCACGCUGCUUCUGGUGUUUCCCAAGAAAUUAGCCACAUGCGGGAAGUGAAUCCGUGGAAACGUCAAUCAGCUAUCAGUAUCUUCUUGAUUUUUGAAUUUUUAUUUUGCUUUAUAAUCAUUUAUUUCCUUCCAGAAUUAUGUUUGCUCAACCAAGCAAUGGCACAAUGUGUUUCAAUAUCACACUGAUUUACUUUCGUUUAGGUUUUAAUUUUGUUAUCAGUUCAUUUAGUCAAAGUUGCAGGAGUUAAGGUGAUAGACGCACAACUUAAAUGUAUCUGUGUUGAGCUUCUUGAUCUAAAUGCACUGUGAAUAUUUUGUUCUGCUAUGAAAAGGUAUCGGGAGAACUAUUGCUUUCAAAUGGCCUUAUUUCAUACGGUUUGGAUAAUUGUUCAAUUAAAGAGCUGCUUCAUUUGUAGUUCCUUGUAAGUAGACCUGCUUUUUAAAAAUAAAUCUGUUUGAAAAUAGAA